AUGAUUCCCUUGAAACCGAAAGUAAAAACGAAGGGAUUGUUGAAAAGCGUUCCCUCUGGAGUGCUGGCUCCGAAAAGCUUGGCCACCAAACCUGUGAAACCAAUACAGAAGACAGUUUUCCCCGCGGCGUCGUCUUCGUCUACUUCGAUUGGCAGCGCAUCGACGGGGCCUAGUCCUACUGCCGGUGCUCGUCCUCCACUGGAUGAAUCAUGGCGUGAUUUUUGUGAAAUGACUUCCAUUGACUUCGCAACUUAUGCUACACAGAUACAAGAGUCUAUCGAACAAGGCAAGAUGAAUAAGUUAGCCCGGUUACUCACGGCAGCAUUUCGUACAUUCAUUGAUAAAAGAGGUGAUCAGUGCAAGUUUAAUAUCGAGUAUCAGCUGCUCACUAUCGCAGCUCUCACCAUUAAGGAACACCAUGAAAAGAUACAGCAUGUUGCUUUGCAAAAAUGUUUGCUGAACCUGAUGUGUCGUAUGAAGCCUAUGUGUUCUGAGAGACAGGGUUUGAUUUCUGCACUAGCGGUAACCUUAGCAAGUGGUCAACCGACCUGGGACCCCUACUAUGUGACGGCAUAUCUGCACGACUCCUUGGGAGAUCGGAAUUGGGUUAAUAAGCCAAAUUCGUCAUUUAUAUCCACACAAAUUGUAAAAGGAUUUGGCACUCUCUAUCCAACAAAAGAUAUGCUUACUGCCUGUAACCUGGAAAUGGACCUGGAUUUCAUCCCGGAAGGACUCGCUGUUGCCACCGAUCGUUUCCCAUCUGCGGCCGUGAAAGAGGAGAUGGCCGCAAUUGCUAUUAGUGCAUUGAUGCCUUGGUGGGAAAUGCGAGCCGAUACAACACCAGCGCUUUUCUUACGUGCAAUAGCACCUCUCAUGGCACUUCCAGAAGUACGAUUCAAUGUGGUCAAACGAAUUGAUGGAUGGCUACAACAUGUGAAGCUCCAACGAUUAGCCCUCCAACUGUUGAUUCUCGUAGGCAUGAAUUACGGAAAUGCCUCAGAUUCUCCUCAGGAAAAAUCUGUUUUAGCUCGUCUGUUGCAAAUGAGAAUGCUCAAGAACAAAAAUGUUGGUUUCUUCCAAUUUGUAUAUUAUAAUGUGCAGAGUUUUAUAUGGUUUGGGGGUUGCCUUCAGGUAACCGCUGUGUUUACCGUUUCUCUACGGGAGAUGUUGGUCCGCAAAAACGACUGUAAUAUGCGUACGGCUAUUCGAAUUCUUCUCGAAAAUGAGUUUGGUCAUGUCAUGUCGAGACAUCCUCACAACGUUUCUAUACUCAUCAGCAUGUUUGGAUUCGAUCGAACGAAAGCGGCCGAAGUUCUUGGCGAAGAGAUUUCCGAGAUGAUCAUGGCACGUGAGGAGUACUGUAAACCGGUGCGGCUGCUCCUUCGUGAAGUCAUUCGGUUCUUCCAUCGCAACGAAUUCCCAUUCUACACGCUAGCAAAUAGCUACCUUUCUACCAUAGUGGACGAAGUAG